AUGAGGACGAUGGCACUUCAAGGGUACUCCAGAUCCUCUCAACUAAAGCGACCUGGCCUCGCAUGGAUGGCGGUUUCAACGUUGAUGCUACUUGGCUCGAAUACGGUGGAGUCGAAUACGCUAAUCGAAUCGUUUGCGAUCCCAAGGAAUCAGAUAGAUGCGCUUCAGAUGCAUGGAGGUCGGUUCUUAUUAAUAAAACAGCCCGAUUCAACCGAAGCCUUGUCGAAAAACAGUUGGGACGACAAGGGAGGCAGUGAUUUGCGAAGCCGAAUGAGAGAGGUCGUAGAGGAGUAUAGCCAUGGAUAUGAAGAAGAUCUCGAGCAGUCAGCGAAGCGGGAGCCAAGCAGCGAAUCGACCGCGAUAGUCUCUAUCAAGCCGAACCGAUUGACCCGGCUCCGGCUCAACCUUAACAGGAAUCCGCUUCCUCAGAAGUUUUCUUAUCUUUUCCUGCUAUCCCAGGACGAGCGACUGCGUGGAUCAAGCGGCCGAGAAACAAAAACGCACGAAAAACUUUUUGACCCGUUUUCGAAUUGGAUCAACUGCUCAGUCACCACUCUGUUGCGUUUGGUUGGACGACCGAUGCUGGAUGACCAGCGAUUCUCCGUCCGAUUCAGUUGGGAUGCAAGUGACCAUGUCGGCCUCCAUCUGGACCUCGACCCUUCCCCCUCUCCCCUCUCAGAUCUCAUGGCCAAUGAUACCCUGACCCCUGCGUUUUUCAACUUGACUAUCACCCCCAAUUUCGACAAAUUCUCCGAUCACCACUCCGCCCAGACCGAUAGUUUUGUCGAUCUGGUGGUGAUUGUUGAACCCCUGCUGCUGAACCUUCUACCCAUGUUUACUUUACUUCCUCUGUUUUCUACCUGCGUCUGCAUCUUGUCAGUCAUUUAUAUUGCUAACGUACCUGCUCGAUUUGAAAAUUUCCUCAAGAGUUCUGUAGCCUAA